AUGCCUUUGCUCCCCUUGAUCCAUCCCGCUGAUCCUGUCUCCUCCAUCGCCUCGCUCAACGGCUGGGACUCGUCGUUCCUGCUCGAUGGAUUCGACUCGCUCUACGAGGACAUGUGCAUAUACGUCCACCUCGCCCACAUCAGUGGCAGGCUCUCGUCCUUGAUGGUGUCCCCGGUGCUGACGAGCCACCAGCGGCAGAUGGGUGCCGCCGAGGUCAUUGUCGGUCUGCGCCAGUGGUGGAGCAGUCUCUCGCCCGAGCACCAGCAAUCGCCCAAAGGUGCCCUCGGCCUCCAUCACCACCUGCACUCGUAUUUUCACUCCCUCAACAUCAUUGCCCAGCGCCUCGCCUCGACGGCCCUCGCGGCAGAUCGUCGCUCUCUUGAACUCGAUGCUGGCGAUCUCUUGGAGAACCGUCUUGCGACCCCAACAAGCGCCUCGUCGGAAGAGCGUGCCGAGUCUGUGGAAACGCAUGCGAACUCGGCAAGCCGAUCCUCGGUCGAUGCCAUCGGCGACCAGACCACGGGAAGCAGCACUCUCUCGUCGAAUGAGACGCAUCCAAGCACUCGGGCAAGUGUCUCCGUCAACCACACAAGCGCCCUCGAGAGCGCAAAGUACAUUCUCUCCUGCGUCGGCAUCGGAUCGACAUCAGCGUCGUCCCGGUCGGGUCUGUUUGACUCUGAUCGCACACUCCAGGAGAACAUGCCUUCCGGCCCAUCCUCCCUGCUCCUCCCGGGCAUGUCCUACUUUGUCAUGACCGCCGCUACGGUGUACUUGGACACACUGGGCCACUCGUCCGACAGGAAUCUGGCCCUCUCGCAUCAGCUACAUCCGUAUCAGUCGCAGCCUCGUCAGUCCAUCCACGACCCUGGUAUCAACAGCAACAGCCUUCUCAACGCCGGAUCUGUCUGUGCUGGCGAUCAAGCCAACGGAUUCUUCUUCAAGGCAGCCCAUUCGUUUGAUCAAAUGCACCACUGGCUUCCUGGCUCGUUUCCAAGCGAUCCGCCGGGGUUUGGUCAUGAUCUCUCCGAGACAUAUCCACCAAAUCACCUGGCCCUGUUCCAGCAUCUCAGCAACACCACCAGAGCCACAGGCUCCAGUCGGCUCUCGGCAGCUAUCGAUACUACUGCAACCAGGCUCGCUGGCCAUGGAGGCUUUCUGGUGCCGCCUCUUGCCUCCGAUCAUGUGUCCAAGCCUGGCACCAACCAAGUCGGUCCGAGCAGGAGCUGGAACAAGAUGCCAGGUGCUGUCCGCCUGAGCAACUACAGCAGCUCCCACAUCGGCACUGGAUCGGUUCUCGGAAGCACUUUUGCUGGAGAUGCAUCCAGCAUGGAGGUCGGUGAAGUACUCGGCGGUUGCGACGACCAGAUCCAUAUCGACCCAAGAAGCACCCCUGAUUCAUCGAGACACUCUCUGUCGACGAUCCCUGGUGCUCCAGCAGCCAAGACGGCCGUGGCAGCUGGUAUGGGAAGUACCAUGGAUGCGACGGACGAUAUCGGCUCUCGUCAGGACAGCAUUCAACAACCAAGUCUCAAAGACGCUGCCAACGUCGACACCAACCUGGUCGGCCAGAUGCCAGCCAUCAAUCUGCCGCAAGGGCUGCAGACUCCAGUUUCCUCUGGGCUCGUUGAUCGUAUCCCGGACAAAGUGAACGGACAUGGAGCCGACAGCGCCGUCGUCCCAGCCAGCCAUGACAGCACCAUUCUGAUGCAGACUAACAGAGAGACUGGUCCGAGUAAUAAACCCACCGGUCUCUGCUACUCUGAGCACCCGAGCGUCUUUGACGUGGCCGCUGCCGGGUCAGCAGCCGACCUGGGCUCGCUGAUGAGCAUGGCCAUGGCGGACUGGGAUCCGAGUGUCGUCGAUGACACCGACAUGCCGUCCGGCUGGAGCACCAUCAAGACCACCCUUCCCGACGACCGGCUUUGA